AUAACAGAAUCAUGACACUAACUCUGCUAUAUAUAAAUAUAUUAGAAUUGUUUUUGACUUUUUUCAAGUCAUCAGUUCUUGCUAAUCUUGGUUUUGUUAUAUCUUAUACUCUCUAUAUAAUGUAAUGUCUCUCUUUAGCUUAAUGAAGAAAAUUCACAAAUCACUCAAUAAUAAUUCUGAUGCUGAUAAAACUGCUGGCAAGGCUUCAAACAAACAUCAAGAAUGGCUUCUUCAGGAUUAUAAUCUCAGUUCUUGGUUAUCGUCUUCUAUGGAUGAUGCUUUCAAAAAUCGAAUGGUGUACUGUACCCUUGUCCAUCAGAUUUGGAAUCGAUUACAACAAUAUUUCAUCUUUUCCAACAAAACCAAGAUGAGAAAAUGCAAGGCACAGUUAAAGAAUGUCAAGAAGAUGAAUUUCUCAGCUACAGAUUAUCUUGCUAAGACUCAGAUUGGACUAGUGACUUGGACGAUCGCCGAUCAACCAAUGGAUACUGUCUCUACCUUGGUUGCAACCUAAUUAUCUUCUGUGGAGUUUAGAUGCUUGGUGAAUGCUACAGCAGAUAUAGUUUAGUUGAAUAAUCUUCUGUGGUGUAUCGUUUUCAUUCUCAAUUUUA